GCAAUAUUGAGAAGGGGGUGCACAUCACCAACAUUUUGACCUUGACCUACUUACAUUUUAAAGCCACUCCUUUACAUCAAAGUAUAGUCCAGACCAUAACCUGAGAACCCUUUGACAUUAGGUUUUCAAACUUACAACAUGGAAGGCAGAUUUAAGACAAGAUGUACUGUACCAAUUUUUUUUUACCUUGACCCAUUGAAUUUGAUGCAAGCCACUAUUAUUGCCUAUUACGCUUGCACUAAUUAGUGUUGCCCCGGUUAUUAGACAAUUAAACUUUGAAGGGUAGACAUCUGGGUUUUUUUUUUUUUUUUUUUUUGUAAAAAACAAUACCCACUAGUUAACUUUCAGUACUCGUGCAUACAAUGCAUUUAUUCUGAACGUAUUGUAUGCCUCUUUAAUAUUUCUUUAAAAUAUUGUUUGUAAAGAGGGAGGACCUUUUUUUAAGAAACGCUACAUGUAUUUCUGUUAUAUAUAUGAGGUGAUUUAUCUCCAGCCUCUCCACACCGACAUGCAGUAUGCCGGCGCGGUGUGAAGGGGCUCGUCAGUCGAGGUAUAUCAUCCCAUAUACUUUCAAACAUUUCUUAUAUACAUUUUGUUUAUUUCAUACGCAGUGUUAAGACUUCACAUAGGUUAGGUCAAGCGUAUAAAAGUUACGAGUUUAUAAAAUAAUAAUUACAUUUUCUAUGUUUUUGCCUUUGGUAUCUUCACAAAUUGUAAUGUUAAGCAUUUCCCCAAGAACGCGCUACAAUUGUAAGCAAUGCGCGAAUGAAUACAGAACUACUUGAUAAAUAUAGUGCUUCUAAUUUGAUGGCUGGAACAGUCAGGAAACGAAAAUGUAAAUAUAAGAAAUACAUCGUUUACGCAGUUUAUACCCUUGUGCAUUUUCAAAGAAUGAAAUCAUAUGGAUAUAUCAUCAACCAUGCAUGCACAACAUUUUUAGAGUACGUGAUUAUUUUUCAAAAGCUGUCCUAUUGAACCAUGCUGUAUGAUAAUGCCCUUUAAUAUUUGAUAUGUUUUCUCCUUUGAUGAAUUUUCCUUGGGAGUUUAAUUAUAUAUCAGAUUCUUUAAUUAAACAGAUCGGUGGUUGAGAACUGACUUUAAGGUGACAGAGAGGUGAAUUAUCUCGUCCUCCCGUUAAAGCCCUUAAUUCAAAGCUUAAGCUCAGUUCAGUUUUCCAAACAUUUUAAGAGGAAUAUAAAGUAUAUAACUCACCAUUUUGAAGUGCAGUAAACGGUGCAUUGUGAGGGUAAAUGUUGUUUAAUCACGAUGUAUGUGAAUUGGUAGGGAAAGUACCAUGUUGAUAUUAGGAAUCCAGUGGGGAAGGGGAAUAGUUUCAUAACCAACGGGGGUAUAAGUGGGAUGGAAAAUCAUGUGACUUUCUGUAGCACAGUCGGGGUAGUAGAAAAAUGUAGUUUGUUUCGGAUAUCACCAUGCGUAAAGUUUGUAUCAAUAAGGUGGAAUAAUGAUUCUCAUUCCUUAAGUUUAUAGGUUUAUUAGUUUAAACUGUAAUUAUGUCAACACAGGCUCACAUGUGCUUAUUUUCCUUCACUACAUACAUCUACAAUCUAGGUCGAUGCCACAGAAUCCGGUUUUCAUUCUGAAAAUGUAUUUUUACGACGUUUCUAGAACGUGAAUCAAAAGAUCGUCCAAAUUCACAUUUGUUUUUCAAAAUAAUGAAGAAUAAAUUGAUGCUGCUAAGGAAAUGUUACGAUAUAACGAUUAUAUUUACUAUGCUUCGUAGUUGCAAAGAAUUGUUGACAUCCACCCACCUCCAUUGAAAUUUUUUUUAUGUAAGUUUCGUUGUCUAGUAAUAAGCAUUUUGUCGGUAAUAAAGUUACACAAUUACGUACAGAAAUUGAUACUGUACAAUCAUUGAUACCGUACAAUCAUACCGUACAAUCAUACUGUACAAUCAUUGAUACUGUACAAUCAUACCGUACAAUCAUACUGUACAAUCAUUGAUACUGUACAAUCAACUGCAACCAAGAAACAACCUUCUUGUAAGUCAUAUUUUUUUCUCUGUGAAUUUUUGUUCUCAAACCAUGAUAAAACAUGCAUGAAAACGGAUUUCAAUUUUAUUGCAUCGAUAUUUUUGUUUUCAUUAUUUGACCAUGCGAACUGAAUUGAUUGAAUGUCAUCUUUGAUAUGAUGCAUUUAGUAAGUGAAUACUCCAAUAGAAGGUUGUAUUAUUAUUUCCUUCAUGACAAAGUUCCACAGUCAGCUAUAGGGAGGACUGUCUGAUGUGAAUUAUUCUUAUUAUCUUUGCAGAUACUGUAAUCAAUUUUCACAGAGGCGGAUGUUCAUUUAAUGAAGCCUGUUGCGUUGUUUCCAUUGACUUAUAGAUUUACUUACAUUAACUUGAAAUGAUGAUUGUGUUUUCUUCUCCUUAGAUCUCUAUUUCAUGUCAAUUAUUUAGCUUUGUAUAUAGCAUCCAGACAGACAAACUUCCAGCACCUAAAUAAAUCAGAUCAAUUAUGUAAGAAAACAAACGGUCCCCCACGUCGUGCAUGUUUUUCCCGAUUCUCCGAUCGGUCAUAUUCUGUAGAGCAUCAAAUAUAUCUGUCUUUAUGCAAAGUAUUAAUAUAGUGGUUCAUGAUUUUAAUAUUUUUUUCUAAACCCCCCCCCCCCCAACCUCUUCAGAUGAAUUCCGGCCGUCGGACGGAUAUGAAAAUUUAGGCCUAUAAACUUUUUUCCAUUGUCAUGAUUUUUGUGUAUUCAGUUAAAAGCACUCAAAUUAACUUAUUUCGACCCCAGACCGGCUUAUUUGGUCAGUUUCUAUUUCACACUAAAACAUUUUCAGUCUUGGGAAAAAAAUCCAAAAUAGCAAAAAUAGAGAUUGUAACCCCCUGCCCUGAGGCCCAAGGAAGGAUAUCAUAUUGUAUUUGAAAUGGAUCGUAAGAAAACGUUGCAUUCUAUCGCUUGUUAAAAUUAAAUAGUUUUGCUUUUAUUCUAUCUAAUUUUAUUGAUCCAUUAAUAAGCGACAAGCGAUAAUAGUUUCAUGAAAAUUUCCCCCCGGAUUUCCAUUCCCAUCAAACUUUGACUGGUAUAGGUUCCGCUUAAUAUAGACACUCACAAAGUCUAGGCGGUAAGAGAAAACUCAUAUACAUGAUGACAAAACAAAAGGAAUGUAGGUGAAAAAAGAAAAACACACUAAAAGUCAAAAAAGUCUUUUGCGCAUACUCUUAGUUGGAGUGACCCCUGCGCCAUGCCCUUGAACCAGUCCUAGCUAGAGGGUCGAUCCCGAUGCCGGCUCAUUCGGUAGAAUAUCAAACAUACCUUUUCUUGACGCAGAUUGUGUAUUGAUAUAGUAGUUCAUAAUUUUACUUGUUUCCUUACCCCCCCCCCUUUCACAGGAACAUUCUUCAAAGUCUCCCUCCCGGAGUUUUCAUUUUGCUGCAUGGUUUACACACUUAAACGUUGUUGUCUUAUUCUCAUACCAGCAAAUGCCCUGAGUAAGUGCGCGUCCUCCUUGAUUACAAAUAAUUCGGUAAUAUAAUGUAGGCAGUAUGGAUACACGGCAAAAAUAUCAAUUAAGCGGGUAUUUGUAAAGUCAGCGAGGUUGUAACCCCACUGCCACCCAAUUUUUUUAAGUUCAUAUACAGCUACUACGAGUGGGUACAUGUAGGUUGUUAAUAUAGGUAAUGUAAUAUAUAAGAGAUAAUAAGAAGACAAUCCAUAAUUACGAGAAUAAAAAUUGUCUUCACAUGGUGAUCUCUGACAUACGAGAAUAUAGUGAUGGGUCAUAUCCACGAUAUUCAGAACAAAUUUUGUCAUUUAUAGAUAUAUUGCUAGAGUUAUGAUGUCAUAGUAACUGUUAAACACGAUCAGAUUAAUUAUUUGACAUCAAUAAAAUUUUACUACUUUAUAUGAGUUAAAUGGACAUUUCAGUUGCCUUCUUUUUUAUUCAAUUCGAUGGAUCAGAUAUUUAUGAAUAAUCCGUCCUGAGAACAUGUGUUUUUUCCUGAGAGUAUGCGUAAAAUAAAUUUAAUGCCAGUAAUGGGAUCAUGGGAGACUCCUGUUUAGAACGAGAGGGUACACAUUAAAAUACAAUUUGUUAUCUACUUUCACUUUUAUGAUACCCCCUCCCCCGUGUCAGGUUUUAACUUCUCGGCUUUACUAUCGGUAAACAAGCGAUAUUUGGCGAAACACGAAUUCAUAUCAAAUACAUUACAAGGCCAUCCAAGGACUUGAUCUAUUUAGAUGAUUUUCAAGCAGUCGGUUUAAAACCUGAUCCAAGCAUUGUACUAUCACACUGGUUAGGUCCAUUUCGCUCACAGCUGUGACAAAUCUGUAUCCGGGUCUUUCAUUUUAUACGUCGUCUUCAUGACCUUACAUAGACGAGAACGCACAUUGCACGCACCUGCUAAGCGCAAUCUGUUGCAUUUAUCAGUGCGAUGGCUGCAGAACAAAGCCCGGGAAAUAAAAGUCAUCCCCUAGAAUGUCGCUCAUCAGAAUAAAGCGCCGGAUCAAUUACAGGGUCCGCAAACAAUAUUUGUAACAACAACACAGAAACAUUUAAACAGAUUUUUGAUCCACCACUGCACUUUGCUAUCAUCUUUGACGACUCGAUAUUCGGAAUUUCCCCUAAUGGGCGAGAUAUGAACUGGACUGGUACUGCUAUGACUCUACACUUCAAUGAGCUGUAUGAUUAUCUACGGAAAGAAUCCACGAACGCCAGCGAGAGGAACUCCAGUGUCCACGACUGGGUCGGACAUAUUGAAACAGACACAUUUCUGACGAACGCUAGGAUAUUUUACUCCUACUUUACUCCAGGGAUUCUCAUUGUCGGAUUUUUAGGCAAUUUGCUAUCGCUAUAUGUGUUUUUAUCCAGAAAUAUGAGAGGGCUUUCGGCAAGCACGUACCUAGCCGCCUUGUCGACGUCUGAUCUUCUGACGCUGAUGUUUUACGUUACUGUUGAGUGGCUAAGAAGAGGACUUCUGUACUUGAGGCCGGAAAUAAAGCUUACAUUUAUCGAUGUCGAUGGCUUCUGUCAGUUUCAACUUUACAUGUCCUACAUGUCGCGAUUUCUGUCAGCGUGGCUGGUGGUGGCUUUCACAGGAGAACGCUACAUUGGCGUCUGUCACCCGCUGAAGAGGAGAAAUAUCUGUACAAAGAGUGGUACGAGGCGAAUAGUGGGUUCCAUCUUCGUGAUAUCAGCCGUAGUUGUGCUGUAUAAACCUAUCCUCAGCGCUGUGUUUGUGAGUUCGGAUGGAAAACACUAUUGUACGACAGAGAGAGACUAUAACUUUGUCUCUUUUAUUCUGGACAGCAUUUACGCCGUACUGAUCACGCUUGUUCCGUUCAUAAUCAUCUCAGUGUUAAACAUUCUCAUCAUGCGAAGACUUAUCAUCCGAAACAAACGAAAAAGAGAAUGUAAAAUUAUUACGGAAGAAAGCAUUAUUCGGUUAGAAUUCACAAUUAUCCUAUUAGCGAUUUCAUUCUGUUUCAUUGGUCUUAACAUUCCCUUUUUCGCUGUGUGGCUUCGAAAUUUCCUGCAUUCCAAAUAUAUAUCGAACGUGGACGUUUUGGAACUGUAUACACACAACUUUGAAUUUUGGCAAGGUGUGCUUUACAUUACAAGGAGUAUUUUCUACAUCAACUACUGCAUAAACUUUUUCCUAUACAGCAUUACUGGGGCUUAUUUCCGAAGAGAAGUGAAGAUGCUGUUUACGUACCACUCGUUAAAGAGAGACUCGUAUAGCAGGUGCUCGCUACGAAACUCGCGCUCAAAUUCCCAUACUCCACAGUCGUACUUGUGAGCUAUUAUCAGCAAAAAACAGAUCAAUUGACUUCAUCUAAUUCAAUACCAGUCAAUUUCCGAGAGAAAUAAGUCGUGACAAACAAAACUUGCCAUGCUAAUGGUCUUAAGUGUCCAUUUCCUUCAGUUUGCAUAAUUAUUGACAAUACGUAUACUCUUGUUUUCUUUCGUCGAUCUGUAUUUAGAAGUUGCAGUAUAUGCUUGUUCAUGCAAUUGCAAGUUAGGUAGGGAAAUCUAUUAAAGAACUCCCGAGACACUGCACAGAAGAACGGAAUAUAUAUAUAUAUAGCUUGAAGAGUUUUCACUUGUUAGCCACGUUCAGUCAAAGUACAGACAUGAUAGACAACCUUUUAAGGAUAGACAGGACACUGAGCACGUGACUGAAAUAGGUUAUGUGACAGAUUCUACGUCUUGAUUGCACCAAUCCUCCUUUUCCUAGCUAUGCCACCAUAGCCUACUAAAAUGCGUCAUCUCUCAUUAUAGAGUGUUACGUCAUAGCCAUUGCGUACAUUUUUACCUCAAAUCAUAAGGAUCUCAAACCCGAUGGAAAUAGAACACCGCUAAUACGUGAUUUUGAGAAUUUAUUUUCCCCCUUCAACUCGACUAUUCAGAAAGGAUCGUAUAUAUUUAUAAGAGUCAAUUUACCGUUUAAUUGAUAGAUUAUUUGUUUGAUUGGUUAUUUACACCGAGAAUUUUCACUCAUCUUGAGACGUCUAAUGUAUAAUGUACCGUUGAAGUACAUGUAUAUAUGAUAAAAGACACAUCUGGUAGCGAGGCUACACCAAGUUCAGUGUCUCCCUAAUUCAACAUUGAAGUCAACUUGAGUGUUUCGUUUAAACAAUAAAUGCGUUCUUUGUUGUUUCAUCGCGUUAAUGGGUUUUGCAAUUUUUUUGCAGCAAUGAUUGCUACCUUCAUCACCCAAAACAACAAAGAAAAACAUUUUAUUAUUUAUAUUUUUAUGUAUUUUUAAGAUAAAUAAAUUAGAUUCAAGUACUAAAAUAUCAUGGUUGACCCAUUCGUUACCUUAACCGGAACAGGCAAUGCACCCUUUGACCUUGACGACGCUCCAUAUUUGGCAAUGAUUACGUAGACAGGUGGUACUAAAAACCGGAUCGAACUAGUUUGCAACAAACAUGCUUUCAUUGUCUGUGACGAGAGCAAUGUCAAUUUCAAAAGAAAUAUUCAGUGAAUGUAAAUAUAUUCCCCUAAUGUAUGGAGUAUAUAGAAGGGUAAAAAGGGAAGGUAGAUUGACAUGUCUAUAAUUCCUUACAGUGCCAAGAACCCCCGCAUUAUUUACAGAUGUAUUUUUGUUAAGGGUUCUUGACACCAAUAUUGUAUGAGGAAAAAUUCAUUGACAAUUGUUUCCAUGCCACUGUCCUAACUAUCCUUAGAUCAAUACACCAUUUGACUAAGACAGCACACAGCCCUACCUGUGUUUGGUAUGGUAAUACUGAUCCCACGCUGAUAUGUUUAUACCUAACAUUACUUCAGACACGUGUACAUAUGAUUUCACACCAAUGAAAGUACCUUUGAUAUCAACACCUGACGCCAUCAUCAUGGUUGUACCGUAUCUACACAAGUAAACAGAAAAACUAUUGUAAACUGCAAGUCAUUAAUUAUCAUACUAGAAAAACACCUCUGAUACAACUAUUGACAAUUGUACAAAUGUUAGUACUGAUUACUAUGGAAACACAUUUUUAUAUUUUGACGUACUUGAGUUAGGAACUUAUUACAUUUUGAAUAAUUUUGUGGUUUUUGAUUUUCAUAAUCCAGACUCGUAUAGUAAAUAUUUAUCAAUAAUAAGCCUUCAAAACUUCGAUUUAGUGUAAUAUCAAACCGUCUGUUAAUUUGAUAUAGUAAAAUGUGAUACUAUGAUGAUGCACAGUAAAACGUUUGCUACUUUGUUACACUACGUAACAAAUACUUUCAAUAUUUUGAUUGACUACUGCAAUAGUUAAAUCUCAAUACUUUGAUUUACUGCAAAACAUACCUGCGAUACUUUACAACAGCAAAGAUUUUCGAUACAUUUAUUUACAACACGAAAACUUGCGAUACUUUAACACUUUCGAUACAUUAACUUACAGCACGAAAACUUACGAUACUUUAAUUUACUGCAGCAAACGCUUUCGAUACAUUGAUUUACAACACGAAAAACUUGCGAUUCUAUAAUUUACUGCAGCAAACGUUUUCUAUACAUCGAUUUUCUGUGGUAACAUCAUUGAUACCAUGAUGAACUCUAGGUUUGUGUACUGCGUUUGUUUUGGUGCAGUUUUGUCGGAUGACGUAACCCAUUCCUGGAUGUGGAUACCUUAAAUAUCUUUAGACUAUUAUGUAUUAUAGUUCAUUAAGAAUCUGUAAGGCAGUCAAUACAAUAAGGUUAGGCUACAUAUACAUAUGUAGGAAUAUGAUGUUGAAAUUUAUACAUACUAGUAUGUAGGUGGAUCUUCAUUGCUGAUGUCUGAUGUCCACAAAAUAUAUGUUGGUAAAAACAACCAUCAAAGGAAGUGUAGAAUAAUGAACAAAGAGAUACAACAAUACCUAGGAUGUUUUACUGUUUGAGUAUAUGAAUGAUUACCUAUAUUACCAGAAAAAAAAUCAUAUAUAUAUAUAUAUAUAAACGUGUGGUGUAUAUCAAUACCAGCGUACAACGUGUAUCAUACAUGUAAAUGUGCUUUAUGAAAAGGUGAAGAUAACGAACAGGGAUUAAUCUCGUAACUCCUAUAAAGAAUACUUUAAUGUAGUGCAAACACAGACCCCUCGAUAUACCAGAGGUGGGGUCAGGUACCUUUAUAUAGUAACGGUGCGUAUUAUACAUGUGCUUAAUACAACAUGCAGUGCAUAUUAUGCACGUGCGUAAUAUAACAUGACGUGCAUCUUAUGCAUGUACUCAAUACCAGCGAGCAAUGCAUAUCAUAUUUCUGAAUUAAAAGCUGAAGAUACCGAUAUAGUGUGCGAUGUGUAUCAGACAUGUGCUGAAUGUAGUGUACGAUAUGUAUUAAACAUGCUCUGAAUAUCAACAUGCAGUGUAUAAGAUCAGUAUCGUUAAUCAUUAUGUGUGUUUUCUGUUUCACCACUGUUACAUGUACUUUGUGAAUUUAUAUGUUUGAAUUUGCUUCUAUCUUAAAUGGCUUUUUAUAGGUGACAUACGCAACGAUAAGUUUUUGUUUUCAAAAUAAACUAUAAAUGUCA